CGUGCACAAGGCGGGCGUUGCUAUGCAGAUGGCGAACACGAAGAGGAGCAUGAUGGUGAUUGCAGAGCGGAGGACGCACGUUCUCCCUGGUUUGUGAGAGAAAGAAGCCUCCUGGACUGUGGCUGGGGCCUGUAGGCUGUCGCUUUGAGAAGUGUUCAGCAUUGGGGAGCAUCGACCUGGAUGGCGAACACGGUUCGGGUUAUCACUUAUCAAGUGUAGUAUCUGUUCUUAUACUUCCACUCUGAUCAGUGAGGCGCCAUGACGGACCGCUACACCAUCCACAGCCAGUUGGAGCAUCUGCAGUCCAAGUACAUUGGCACUGGCCAUGCAGACACCACCAAGUGGGAAUGGCUGGUGAACCAGCACCGUGACUCGUACUGCUCCUACAUGGGCCACUUUGACCUGCUCAACUACUUUGCUGUGGCUGAAAAUGAGAGCAAGGCCCGAGUGCGGUUUAAUCUGAUGGAGAAGAUGCUGCAACCGUGUGGGCCGCCCAUGGACAAGCCAGACGAGUCCUAGAGACUGGGCAGUGACUGGUGCCCUGGACUUGAUGCUCUCCUCCCCGUGGUCCGGGGCUUCUUCCAUUUAGUUCCCUACGUGGAUUUUAGAUUCUUUUCUAUUGUAAUAGAAACAUAUGAAUUGUGCUCAGUGCAGACCAGGCCUUUUUAUACUGAAUUAAAGCCCCUUUCUGUUCAAAAUUAAAAAUAAUUUAAAAAAAAAAUCUGUUCA